CUAUGUGUUGCGUUUGAAAGUAUACGCUACCCGACCUCCAGUUCCGACUUAGACGACAGGAUGAUAUUACUAAUCCAAUAUAUUUCACCAGCCUUAAAAUUACAUCCGUUCAAAAUUUUGGAUCCUACGAAAGAAAUUUAAAUGUUAAAAAGUAGUUUUCCAGUGUUUUAUUAGGAGUUGGUUAUGUAUAUUCAGUCCCAACUUCUGAUAUAUAAACCAAUAUUUUACAUGUCUCACAAGUCCUCACUGGACAAUACCUGUCCUAUUAGUAACAGUUUUAUAUGUAAGCUGCUGAAAUGCUGGAAGGACUUUAGAUCUGCAUGCAGAACAUUUUGCAAUCUACCCGUUGCGGAAGAUUAUUCAGACUCUAUAAAGAAAUUUACAGAAGAUGAGUUGUCCAAAGUAAUUGGUUUGAUACUGGACCAUCUUAUGAUUUCAUCCAAAUCUAUGCUCGUAAAUUCUGAGGCGAUAAUAGCCUACUAUACUUCCAAAAGGCUACUCAAUUUGUACAAAGAUAUCAAAGGUGAAUUAGGAGAGGAUACAACAACCGAUGAGCAAAACACUUUGGUACUAAACGCUUUUAAGAAGACGUUUUUUUCUCAACUCUUUUUCAAGGUCGGUUGCGUUCUGGAUAAGGUUUUAAAAGAAGCUUCUGAAACUACUAAAGCAUUCCCAAUCUGCAUUUGCAUUGAAUUUAUUUCAGAUGCCUUACAGGACAACUCAUCGAGUCUUCUAUUACUUCAUCAUCUUAGUGAAUUAUGGAGCAAAUUAGGAAUCAUAGUAAAGAAAGUCGUUGAGCAAAUCAUGAUCAGUCAAAAUGGUAAAGCAACUAGUGAUCAAGAAGUUUUUCUUUUUGAAAUUUUACGUCUUUGGAAAUCCGCUCUAAAAGCAUGCAUGACAGUUGAUGAUAAAAAGAUGGAAAGUACACGUGAUUGUGCAUUUACUGUUUUAGUUGAUGUUAUGCAUGUCUGCCUAGUUGAAUACUUUACAAAAUAUUCGAAGUUCCUCAUGGAAUUGUCUUCAUCUGUCUGGCCACUCUAUUUUGUGCGUAUUUUACGCACCGUUUAUAAACUUGUACAUAAAUCCGAUCAUAUGUGGGUCAAUACUUUACAUUCUAUUGUUAACACACUUAUAUACGAACUGUUGUGUUCAAACUCAUAUCCACGAAGGUCUCAUAUAGAGAUCUCUAAUUCCACAGCUUUUUGUGGUUGUCUAACUGCUCACAUAGUACACACCAUAAAAGCUCAGAAAAUUACACCAGAUGAGAUAUCUCUACUUCACCCAGAUGUCUUUUUAUCUCUGCGCAUUAUUAUUCUUUGUGGUCUUGAAAGUGCUUUAAAAUUAGAUCCUAAUGAUCAACAACUGUGGUCAAUAAUAAGCUCUGUCCAUGGAUUGAUAUUGGGUAUUGAGUUGGAUGAAUCAAACACGGAACAUAGCUAUGAAAAUUCAAUCAUUACCUUAUUUUCUGAGGAUGAUGCUCAACUUUUCCGAUUAUUGGACCUAUGGAUACAAAUCGAAGACCAUAUCAGAUCCACAGAGUUGUAUCAAGAAACCUCUCUCUCUGCAGUUCCCAAUGCCCACUGGUUGUUUGCUUGUUUGGCGAAAUCUGUCGGCUUUUCGUCUUAUUUGUUCGUUGACUGGUUGGUAUCUCCUGAAACUACCUGUUUAUCUUAUUUAGUGCACUACUUGAGAAGAUUGAGCACUGAAGAUGAGCUUAUUCGCAACUCAAAUAAACUUAUUAAAAGUGAAGUAUUAGCACGUUCCUGGCCUAUACAAUCCCUUAUAAACAUGUUGAGUCAAAUUUCGAAAAGUCUUGUAACCUUGGAUCAACACAAUGGGAUCGCAUUCUGCCCUGCACCGCUUAUCAAUCGCAUCAAUCGUUCUUUAUCUGUCUUAAACAGUGUUAACUUAGCACAAAAUAUUUCAUAUAAAUCUAGUGUCUAACGCUUUUGAUUAACUUAUUACUACACGUUCAGUUUCAUAAACUUAUCAUCUGUAGUCAUUAAAAUAACCUGGGUCAACAUCUUAGAUCUAUCAGUUGUAUAAUUCUUAAGGACAAGUUAGUGAUAUGCUUGGAACUAUUACGAGUUCACUUUAGUCGGUAAACGAGAGCGAAGACAAAUGAUCCAGUGAAACGAUAGGUUAUUCU